UAAAAUAUUAAUGAAAAAUAUGGCUAAAAAUUCUUCAUUCAAUGUUUAUCAUAAUCAUGAUAGAACUAUUAUGAUACCGAAUAUUACAAUGACAUCUUCAUCAUCGUCUACUUUGACAACACCACCACCCACUACAACAGUAUUAAUAAAUGAUGAUUGUUUUGAUAAUAAUAAUAAAAAAAAUCUGGCAUCACCGACAACAACAACAACAACACAACUACAACCACAAUCAUCAUCAUCGAUAAAUAAUCGUUCAAUGAUGAUUAAAUCUCGUAAUCAUUUAUUAGCUACCAAUAAUUCUGGUAGUAGUGGUGGUGGUGGUGGUGGUGGUGCACCAAUAUUAUUAUCAGUACCAACAACAGCUAAUGGUGGUCCACCAAGACGUCGUCAUUCAUGGAUUUGUGGGUAA